UUAGAAAAAAGUGUGGACGAAACCCAUUUAACCUGGGAACAAAAACGAGAGGCAGAAAAUUUUUUAAAUAUUAAAAAAGCGAUCUUUGCACGUGACACCAACGAUAUAAGCCAAACCAACCUGAUGAUACAUGAAAUCAACACGGGAAGUGCGACCCCGAUUAAGCAAACUCCCUAUAGGGCCGCCCCCAGCGUACGUGAAUUCAUAAGGAAGGAGGUUGAAAGGUUAAAGGAAAAGUGCCUUAUCAAAGAAUCCAAAAGCCCUUGGGCCUCACCGAUCGUCGUGGUUCCAAAAAAGGGCGGAAAGCUGCGUAUGUGCGUUGAUUAUCGGAAGUUGAACGCUGUUACGAAGAAGGACGCUUUUCCCCUCCCCAGAAUUGACGAAUUACUGGAAGUAUUCGGCUGCGCCUCUUGGUUCUCUACAUUGGAUUUAAUGUCAGGUUACUGGCAG